CGUGUCCGGGUCCGGCUCAACUCGUCUCUAGCUGGUGGUGUUUACUUUCAAACGGGUGGAAUAAAUCAGAUUUAGUUUUUCUAGUUUUGUUGUGAUUCUCCCGACAGUCGGACCCGACUAGCCACUCCUCCGUUAGCACACGGACGCUGCUGCCCAUGAGAGCUAACAGCUAGCUAGCUAGCGUUUUCAAAGAUGGCUCGGGACUUGCAAGGUUUUGCGCUAGAAAAAGCCGAACUGCUUUCCGGCCGUUUGAAGGAGCUCCUGUCUCUGGGACAAGAGUAUGUUCGGGAUCAGCUCGGGUUGGACUUGGGUCUGAAGCCCGACGUGUACCCGACGUGGGUCAUCCUGUCUACGGCCGCGGCGGGUCUGCUUCUGCUCCUCUGCCUGUCCUGGGCCGCAGUCUGUGGCGGGCGGCUUGUCGGGAAAAAGCGGGGAUCCCCGGUCACCCAGGGCAACGGCGAGCCCGGGAAGGCCAGCUCUGCUCUAACGGCCAAACCAGAAGAGCCGAAGAAGAAGAACAAGAAGAAAACGGCUGAGAAGAACACUCAAUCCAAUGGACAACCAGUGGCUCCAGCUCAAGACGCAGUUCAAGUGACUGAGGUUGUUUCCAAACGUGCCCCACAGAUCAAGACUGAGAAGGUGAAUGAGGUACAGGGGAAAAAGAACAAGAAGAAAACCAAGACGAAUGUGAAACCAGUCCAGCAUGUGUCUACGAAUGAUGGGAAGGAACCUGAUGAUGGUGCAUGGGAGACCAAAGUCAGUAACCGAGAGAAGAGGCAGCAGCGCAGGAAGGACAGGGGCUCUGAGGACUCUGGUAGCCCAAGAGGGGUGGAGGCGCCCAAGAGCAAUGUCGAGGCACCUGUGGCCACAGCACCUGCCAACACCAAGAAGAACAGAGGAAACCAUGAUUCCUUGCAGUCAAGAACCGCUGGAAAGAGGGAAACAGCUACCGGGGAAGUGUCCUCCAGCUGGAGAGAGGAGCCUUCAGUCAAUGGUGGAGGUUGGACUGAUACGUCUUUGAAGAUCCCACGUCCGAUGGCUGUUAUGGAGGGAACCAAGUGGAGUUCCAUCCCCACUGCUACACAUUACAGGGCCCCACCGAAGACUCAGUCCUGGGGACAAGAGACACAAGCAGCAUGGAGUGGCAUUGAUGGAAGGAUUAAGACUGACCUCAACCCCGUGACCUUCUCCAUGCUAGGACUGAACACCACAGACCCAAUAUCAAAUUCAGUGGAGCUGCAGUGGCCGAGGCGCCCUGAUGUUGAUGAUGAGUGGUCUGGAUUCAAUGGGAUGGCAGCAGUGGACCCCAGCUCUGACUGGAAUGCCCCAGAAGAGCACUGGGGAAACUACGAAGAGCCCCCUGUGUUGGUGACACCAGCGCCUCCAAUGAAGGAACAGCCUGUCCUCAACAAGGUAUCAGAGGAUGAGAAGGACAAUGACGAGCCUUCCGGUGGAGCAGACAAAUCCAAGAAGAAGAGGAAAAAGAAGAAGAAAACAGAAGAGGACGCUGCAUCUGAAGCUCAGAUGGUGAGCACAGGGCCCCUGGUUAAUGCAAAACCCAAACCACAAGAGCCUCCUGUCCAGGCCACCAGAAAGCAGCCUCCCAGCACAUCCUCCUCUCAGAAGAAGUCUGAGCAGACCGUGGAGCCUCCGAAGCCCUCCCAGAAGAAAAAGGUCCGAAGGGAAACAUAAAGUCACACAGGUUCAUCCAAGCAUAUGCAGAUGAUUGUAAAACUUGUCACAUGCAAUAAUUACCAGGUACAGAGUUUAUUUCUGAGAUACAUUAACAGUUCAUCAGUUACCGAAAAAAAAGAAUAAAAGCAGUGGAUAUCACCUGCUUGGCGAUAAUAUAGUGAUUAAAUUGUGGUCCUAUGGACUCAAAUCUUAACUAAUUUGCACUAUUUGCUCCACACUGCAACCAGAGUGGAGUCCCUAAGCAAGGUUGGAACGGCAGUGGAGGUACAUGUUCAUGUCAUUUUUUUUUUUUUUUUUUGCCUUCAAAAGUGUUUUCUUUUCCCGUCCACAAGUGUAUGUUUAUAAUUGUUAGCCCAAAAAUACAAAACAGGUUUAAUUUUUUGUAAUAUAAAAUCAAAAUUGAAAGCAGACAAGCAAACAUAUUUGUUCCCCAGAACAUUGCACUUUCUUUUUGUUUGCUGUGCUUCUGCCCCUCUUUUAAUAAAUGAAAUGUGUGGGGGCUGGUCUCAGAUCAGUAUACCUUCAGAUUAUCUUUUCUUUUUCAAGUCCAUCAGAACUCACAGGCCCAUAUGUACAUUGAGAGUUUUGCAGACCUGGUUUUGUGCAAAAAAAAAUGCAUUCUUAAGUUCUUCUGAAGCUGAUAUGAGGCUUUAGUUAGGAUCACCAAAUCAAUUUUACGAUGUAAUGGCCUUUAGGAGACAAGAUUUUGUCUUUAUGUUAUUUCUACUUCUCUGGCUGAGGUGUGAGGAAAACGCCCUGGCAGUCAAAUAGGUUUGCUGCCAUGACAAAACCUUGACAAUAAACCUACAUGUGACUGCUAGGACAAAUAGAUGUGGCUAUCCUCAGACUGCUGAAUUACUUUAGCUCAGAAAAAUGCAUUGUGUACCUCAAAUUGUCAUUUUAAGAAGAUAUCACAAUACAGAGCCAGUAAGGACAGGAUAAAUUAACUAUACUUCUUUCAACAAGCAAAUUACAUGAGUGUUGUGUUAAAAUAGGUAUGUCUGUCCUUUUAAAGUCAUAUCUCAAAACAGCUAUCCUUGCAGUACAAACACUCACUGCCUGUAGGCAGUGCAUUUAUCAAAGCUCCUUUACGAAUAAUGGCAGCUGUUUUCAUUCUUUUCUCAAAAAACAAGUAUUGGGCCAUAGAAACUUCACUCCAUAGCCAUCCCUGCAGCGUAAUCCACCUCUUCACUGUCCAUCUGUGUGUUUGUAUGUUCCAAAUAUUCAAACUUUUUGCAUAAUAUGGUUAAAUACACUACUGCCUGAGCUUCAGAGCAGUGGGGAGAGUCAUAGCAAGACAAUACAGCAGUGUAUUUAGCCAGAUUUUGUUGAAUCUCUGACAAUUUCGGAAUACACUGACAGCUGAAAGGUAACUUAUUCAUGGAUCUGAACAUAUAUUUUUUUCAAAGAAGACACUUUUUGGAAAUUUGGACAUUGUAAACUUAUUCUGGAUUCACACCGAGGACUGUAGAGCACAGUAACUGAUAUGAACCACCAGGAGGCGCUGUAAUGUGAAGUAAAGGAGUAGGGGGGUUAUCCCAUAAAGCAGUAGCACUAUUAAGUAUUGUCCCCCUACUUUUAUCAUUGUGAGUGUGUCUGUCUCUAUCUGACAAUAUCGUGUUGAUUCUUUUUAGAGACUUGAUGCUCCCUUCUGCACUGUUUUUUUUGGGGGGGUUUUUUAAUUCCUGUUUUGUGCUAGAAAAAGCCAUGCCAUAUGUAUAGAUUGUAAGGGCUUUUUCCAGUUCUGUGAUGCACUGUGCAAAAGGCUGUUUUGAGUUCCUUUCAAUGUCGAAGACUUGUUUUUUUACUACCUUUUUGCAGAAUGUGAAAUGUAUAAUUUUUGAGGGGCUUAAGGGGAUAUCCAGGAUUUAUGAAGGGGGAUUUUUUUAAAACUUCAACCAAUUGUAUGAUAUGGAGCAGCUUUAAUUCCACAAGUCGGUUUGAAACAAGACACACACACAGAAUUACAUAUAAAUAUAAAAGGAAUUUAAUUCCGUUGCCUUAACCUGAUGUUGUAUAGAAGUACAUUGGUAUCCUUUUUUUAUAGUUUCCAACCAAUUGCAAGUUUUGAUGUCAGAAAUUAAUUUCAUCUUGCAUGACUUUGAUGAUAGUACUUGUGUACAUGAAAUGAAACGAAUGAUCUCUUGCUUUAACUGUUAGUACUUGUUCCUGGAGAACUCAGUGUAUAUACUGUAACGUUAGCGGACGUUAACAGCAGUCUGCUUUGUUGGAAGUCAACAGAGCCUUGAUGCAUCAAAGUGUUGAUCAGCCGGUGGUGAUGCAUAGUUGUUAGAGCCGACAGAACAAAAUGAAACGUCACUGUGGCUUCAGGCACCCUUUUCUGUUUAAUUUCUACUGAUGAUUAAAAUGGAUUCAAUCAAUGUAUUUAUAUGCUUGUCUCUAGGACAUGGCUAUGUGAAUGAUUUUGUUUAUCGAGGAUACAAAUGAUAUUUCUAUGUUUGUUUGGUAAAAAUAAAUGAGAAUUGCUUGAUA